UUCCUGGGAGCUGACUUGAGCUCUUUGCAGCAUUAUUUCCACGCCUCGCUUCUUCUACAGUCAAAUUCAGGGCCAUUGAGACUUAAACUAACCAAGCUGAUGGAAAACAUUGACUGUCCAGGUGUUUUACAUAACCAAAGCCAAGCCUGUGGGGAAGCUGGGGAUCGGCGGGAUUUGAUAGACCCCUCCCCCUCCUCAGCGUUGCUCCCUUCCUCUAGGCGAGCCACAUAUAAAACAGAAUUUCAAUUUCGAAUUUAGGUUUUACUCAAAUAUAAUUUAGUUAACUCUUUCUUCUAUUUUUGAUAUCUAUUCAAUAAUCAAUAAUUAUCUUUUGUUUUUGAAUAACCGUUCUGUAAAGAAUUCGCCGUUGCCAUCUAUCUGUGAUGCAUUCCAAGCAACUUCCCGACUUCGAUGACCUACCACUUGUGGAGGGCAUGCCCCAGGGCUGUGCUUGGGGUGUAUUUGACAAAGAUGGCAAGAAAGACCUUUUGGGAACGCUGAACCUGCUCACACCAGACGUCGUGGCGGCUGCUUGUUCAGAAGCACGUGAAGGUGUCUCCAUCUCUUUGAAUUGGCCACUCGACAGUUCGAAGUUACCAUCUGGUCGCAUGAAAGCUACGCAUAAGCAUAUGACCCUUAAGGAGACUGGCCUGAGCGAGAUGUCUGGGUGGGAUGAUGAGCUGCAGUUUAAUACACAAGUUAGCAGUCAAUGGGAUAGUCUGGUCCAUUGGCAGCACCAGGAAUCCGAUCUGGCGUACAAUGGCGUAAAGGUGACCCAUGACGCCCUCGCCGCACCAACUACAGCCGCUAACAAGAUGCCGACACUCGAUCAUUGGCACCAAAGGGGCGGGCUCGUGGCUCGUGGAGUUCUGAUCGACUUCAAAGACUGGUACGAAACUAAAGCAACCGCUGAGGGUAGAACAGGCGAUGAUAUCAUAUGUCAUCCCCUGGAUGGUUAUCGAAUCACCGUUGAUGACAUCGAGACAAUCGCGAGAGAACAAAACGUCCAGUUCAAGCAUGGUGAUGUGCUUGUCAUCCGCACAGGUUUGACGGAGGUCCUUGAAGACCUACAACCGGCUGACUGGACGAGACUCAGCAAUCCACAAAUCUCAGGCAUGCAUGGAAGUCUAGAAUCCGCGAAGUGGUUGUGGAAUAAGCAUUUUGCCGCAGUCGCUGGUGAUGCAAUCGCUUUUGAAGCGCUGAUGCCCUUGAAGGAGGAUGGCUCGCCGGGAAGCCCUAGCGAUCUUGUUCUGCAUCCUUGGCUUCUGUCCAUGUUUGGAAUGAGCAUAGGGGAGCUCUGGGACCUAAAAGCACUGUCAGCGCACUGCAAAACGACCAAGCGAUAUACCUUCUUGCUUACCUCAGUUCCUAUGAACAUCCCAGGCCUUGUCGGAUCACCGCCCAACGCCCUCGCUAUCUUCUAGCUUUACUUGAAGGCGUUGUGUGCUCAAAACUACUAUGAAUUCUCACCAUUCCCGGGGUUACGCGGAAAGAUACCAACCUACGAUGAGUUUACAGACUCACUCAUUACGAUGAUGUAGGUGUUUGCCUCCCGUUCGUAACUCCCGCCUAAAAGAACGUGGAUUGUGCAUAAAAGAUGAGGCCAGCGCGAACGGACGAGAGCUGGGCAUCACUAAAGAUGUAUAUAUCAACACAACUUCCAGUCGUAAUGCAGUACCUUCACUGCCUUCCAAUUCAUGCCACUUCUGUUGUCCAAUAGUGCUCAUAAUAAGCUGAUAUUUCGAAUGUGCCCAAACUUUUCAAGUUGAUACCAUUGGUUGAACGAC